AUGGCAUUUAUGGAGAACAGCACAGAAGUAAAUGGGUUCAUUCUUGUAGGAUUAACAGAUAUCCCAGAGCUUCAGGUUCUGCUCAUCAUCAUAUGCACUCUUAUCUACAUCAUCACCCUAGUAGGAAACCUUGGUUUGAUAACCCUGAUUUGGGGGGAAUCCACUCUCCAUACUUCCAUGUACUUCUUCCUCAGUAGCCUCUCUCUGGUGGAUUUAGGUUCUUCUUCAGCUAUUAUUCCCAAAGUGACUGCUGGGGUGAUCACACGAGACAAGACCAUCUCCUACAAUGGUUGUGCUACACAAAUGUUCUUCUUUGUAAUUUUUGCCACUACUGAAAAUUAUCUGUUGGCCUCGAUGGCCUAUAAUCACCAUGUAGCUGUAUGUAAGCCCCUACACUACUCUACUAUCAUGUCAUCAAGGAUGUGUGUUGGUCUAACCAUUAGUUCUUAUAUCUAUGGCUCAUUGAACUCUUCCAUUCUCAUUGGCUGCAUUUUCAGCCUCUCUUUCUGUAGUUCUAAUGUUGUGAAUCACUUUUUUUGUGACAUUCCUCCAAUCUUGACUCUCUCCUUCUCAGAUAUACACUUUACUGAGUUGUUCGUUUGUAUUAUAGGGGCAUUUAAUAUAGCUUUUGCUCUUCUGGUCAUCAUGACCUCCUGUCUCUCGAUUUUCAUUGCCAUCCUGAAAAUCCGUUCUAAUGAGGACUGCCAGAAAGCCUUCUUCACCUGUGCUUCUCACAUCUUUGCAGUGUCCUUAUUCUAUGGAGGAACCAUCUUCAUUUACCUACAACCCUCAUCAGCUCAUUCCAUGGAUACAGAUAAAAUGGCCUCUAUAUUCUACACCAUGAUCAUUCCCAUGCUGAACCCAUUGGUCUAUAGUCUGAGAAACAAAGAUGUCAAGAAUGCUUUCAGAAAAGCAACUAGAAGAAAGAAUCGUUAG